AUGCGCAAACCCCCCUCGCCUCGUGCUGCUGCCGACGUCGCCAUCAUGGCCUCGUCACGUGCUCUUCCGCAGCACCGCCCUCGCAUCGGAGAAACGCGCGAGGAGGAAGCGUGUGGACAAGGGGAGGGCUUAGAACGCGAAGGCGGCGGCGUGGGCCCCCAUUGGCUCCGCUUCCUGAUCGAGAGAAUGGCAAAUAACAGAAAAUCUACAAAAAUGAAGAUGGACAAGAAAAAGAAAAAAAAUAAGCUUCUCGUAUCAGAAAAAGAAAAGGUGGAAAAGAAAAUGAAAAAAAUGAAACAUCUUAUGUCAGAAACAGAAGAGCAGGUACAUGAGCCCGAUUUGAAAAAACAAAAACUGGAGCAAAAGGAAGAGGAGGAUGGAAACAACCAUGAGCUUUCUGCAGAGGAGAAGAGGACAUUGGAAAGGAAGCUGAAGAAAGAGCGCAAGAAGGAACAAAAAAAAUUAAUGCGAGAAACAGGAACCACAGCUAAGAAAGAAGAAUCUAAGAAACCGUCAGGAUCAGAGUUGGCACUGGACUACUUGACUACUUGGGCUAAAAGACCGGAAGAAUGGAAGUUUCAAAAGACGAGGCAAACAUGGCUUCUUCUACACAUGUAUGAUAAAGACAAGGUCCCUGAUGAAUAUUUUUCCAUUUUGCUGAGGUACCUUGAAGGGCUUCAAGGAGGUGCACGAGGGGUAACUAUACAGAAGGCAGAAGCGCUCAUGAAGGAAUACGACAGUUCUGAGGCGGAAGACUCUAGCCUUCUGGAGAAAUCUGUCACCAAACAAAGCAACAACAAUAGCGACUUCAGAGAUCAAGAGUGCGAUCGUUUGAUCAAACUGUACGAGAAAAUGUGGACUUGCCUUCGAUUUCCCUCUUAAUAUGAGAGCCAAAUCAACAGGUUUGUGCAUGCUGAACAACAGAAUGGACGUGUUAACAGGAACUUCGGAACUCCAAGGAUGGCAAAAUGUGUCCAUCUGCAGGACUGAAGGGAGAUUGACGGGGUACAGAAUCUGUGUGUGAAGGGAAUGAGACCCGGCAAGCCGUCAGCGGACACGAGAGGGACAGAAGACGGUUAUGUGUUGGUAGCCGCUCGAGAUGCCAGGGGAAGACUUGUCAUCAGUGAGGACCCAUGGUGCUGGUCCACCUUCAGCAACCAGUGGAUCCUGAAAGCCGCCAAAGCAUUUCCAGUUGGCAUUGCUAGCGCCUCACCUGUUGAGCUCUGUGAGACUUGGCCAUAAGCUGGGUGGCUUAAGCCAUGUCUCAACAUCGUCCGCAUUCGGUUCCUUGGUAUCCCAGGGAACUGGAGGAGUGAAGGAGUUGAAAGGGGAUUGGAAAGUGUGGGUGGCAGCCAAAAGCAAGGCGGGGGCUGAAGGAGAGCAAAUGGUACGCCAAGCAGGAGGCAAAUUUGCCAGGUGCAAGAGAGAGAAGGAGGCCAGAAGGGAGAGACGUGAUCAGGAUAGUGGAUCAUAAGGCUCAGUUAAUUCUAGUUUUAGAAUCCAAAGCAUAGAUUUAUUACUCUCUGAAUGUCUAAAGUAUUGUGAAUUCUCAUUUCCGUGGGCCUUCCUAGUUAACUCCAGGAGUCCAUUUGCAAUUCCUGUUUGUUUCUUUAAUCGCAUUUUUUAAAGUUAUAUAAUGCCAGGAAUGCGCCUUAUGAAGAAACCUAAGCAGGGGUUGCAGGGAGAAAGAAGAGCUCAGUGGCAGACCUGUCUGGUAUGUGGAAAGUUGUAACUUCGGUUCCUAGCAUCUCCCAUUGGAAGAUCGAGAUCUCCCUGAGGGCAGGUGAUCUUGCUCUAGAUAAGGUGACUUCCAAGGUUCAAAGUCAAGACAGCUCUCUGCCCCAAGGAGCCUACAGUCCAAAGAUUGGACAGUAGAGAAAAGGAUACACUAAUUUCUGGAUAUCACACGC